AUGAUUGACGUUAUGCAUCAGACAUUUUGUAAAUUAUUGGAGAAUCUGGCUUUCUCCAUUGAGAUUUGGCAGAAACCAGUUACACUAGUUUUGUCCGAAGACCAAAAUCAAAGACGUUUACUAUAUAAUGAUACAAAGUGGAAACGAGAAUCACACUUACUGCAUGAACUGGUUAUAGAACAGGCUGAAAGGGCAGGAGAUGCAUGGGCUAUUCGAUCAACACGUGAAAAUUUAACAUAUCAACAGCUACUCUUGCGAGUUUAUCCAUUAGCACAUUGUUUACGUCAGCGUGGUGCUAAACCAAAUCAAUUGAUUGCAAUUAUAAUGGAAAAAGGUUGGGAACAAGUUGUAGCAUGUCUGAGUAUUUUAGUUUCCGGUGCUGCUUAUUUACCAUUGGAUGUUGAUUUACCUAUUGAACGCAUUACUCUUUUACUUCAUGAAAGCGAGGUGGAAAUUAUUCUUACUCAAUCCGAGCAUAUUGACAAGAUUUUAAUGAAACAGAAUAUAAUCUGUAAUAUGAUUAUAAUUAACCUGAACGAUACGACUAGUUAUCAAUUUCCUUGUUGUCUUUUACCAUUAGUACAACAACCUACAGAUUUAGCCUAUGUUAUUUAUACCUCAGGUUCAACUGGCAAGCCGAAAGGCGUAAUGAUUAGUCAUGAAGCGGUUGUUAAUACAAUUCUUGAUAUUAAUUCACGCAUUGCUGUUUCGUCAAAGGAUAGAAUAUUGUGUCUAUCGCAUUUAAAUUUUGAUCUUUCUGUAUAUGAUAUUUUUGGAACAUUGAUUGCCGGUGGAACACUUGUUAUACCAGCUCAUCCAAAAUAUAAAGAUCCAGAGCACUGGUAUGAAUUAAUAUUGAAUUAUCGAGUAACUUUGUGGAAUAGUGUACCGAUGAUGAUGCAAAUGUGGAUAGAAUAUCUAUCUACUAUUUCUAUAUCGAAACGAUUAAAGUUAAAAGACCAAUUACGGCAUGUGCUAUUAAGCGGCGAUUGCUUAUCACUCAAUCUUCCCAAAUUGAUUACAACAACAUUAGGAGAACAAGUUGUGGUGACAAGUUUAGGUGGAGCGACAGAGGCAUCGAUUUGGUCUAUUUCUUAUUGUAUAACAGAAGUUAUGUCUGCAUGGAAGAGUAUUCCUUAUGGCAUGCCAUUACGUAAUCAACGUUAUUAUAUUCUUGAUUCACAGCUUAAUUCUUGUCCAGAAUAUGUUCGUGGAGAAUUAUAUAUUGGCGGAAUAGGAUUGGCAAAAGGUUAUUGGGCUGAUGAGAAAAGUACUGCAGCCAGUUUCAUUAUACAUCCGAAAACAAACGAACGUUUAUAUCGUACAGGAGAUCUUGGACGCUUUUUGCCGGAAGGAUAUAUUGAAUUCUUAGGACGGAAUGAUUUUCAAAUAAAAUUACACGGUCAUCGAAUUGAAUUAGAGGAAAUUGAAUAUCAUUUACAGCAAUAUUCAGGCAUUCGUCAAGCAAUUGUUCUUGUCAAUUGUGAUCCUCGAAAAUUAAUUGCAUAUGUUGUACCGGAAAACCAUGAUAUAUCGGAUGUUAAUAUAACGGCAAGUGAAAAGACCUUAAAAACGUUUUUAGCUUGUCGAUUACCAGAAUACAUGGUGCCAAAUCAUAUCAUACUGUUAGAUCAAUUGCCAUUAAAUCAAAAUGGAAAAAUUGAUCGAAAUGCAUUGCUGCUCCAGAAGAAUUU